AUGAGAAUUGAUGGCACCAUAGACAGCUGCCCCUGCCUGAAGGUCACACAGAAGUCAUUUGGUUCACAGAACAGUAAAACAGACGUCAUGUUUUUUCGAUUAAGCAUGCCCAUUGAAUGUGCUGAGGUGUUCUCCAGAUCUGCUGCAGGAGGUUUACCAGGCUCUGGUCUUUUUGGCCCGAAGAAUGACUUGGAGGAUUAUGAUGCUGAUUCUGAUUUUGAGGUUCUAAUGAAAACUGCUCAUGGUCAUCUAGUUCCCGACCGGACAGAAAGAGAAAAAGAUGCCACAAAACCAGAGUUAAACAACCAUAAAGAUUAUGUUCAAGAAAAGCCUUCACGUCUUAAACAAAGAUUUAUGCUCAGGAGGACAAAGCCAGAUUAUAGCACGAGUCACUCUGCACGGCUUACUGAGGAUGUGCUAGCGGAUGAUAGGGAUGACUAUGAUUAUUUGAUGCAAACUUCCACGUACUAUUAUUCAGUGAGAAUAUUUCCUGGUCAAGAACCUGCUAAUGUCUGGGUGGGCUGGAUUACAUCUGACUUUCACCAGUAUGACACAAGCUUUGACUUGGACAGAGUGCGUACUGUCACAGUUACAUUGGGAGAUGAAAAAGGGAAGGUUCAUGAGAGUAUAAAACGCAGCAACUGCUAUAUGGUGUGCGCAGGAGAGAGCAUGAGCCCUGGACAAGGACGUAAUAAUAAUGGUCUGGAGAUUGGCUGCUUGGUUGAUGCUGCCAGUGGCCUGCUGACCUUCACAGCUAAUGGCAAGGAACUAGGCACGUACUAUCAGGUUGAACCGAGUACAAAGUUAUUUCCUGCUGUAUUUGCUCAAGCUACAAGCCCCAAUGUUUUCCAGUUUGAAUUGGGAAGAAUAAAGAAUGUAAUGCCAUUAUCUGCUGGCUUAUUCAAAAGCGAACACAAAAACCCGGUCUCUCAGUGUCCUCCACGUCUCCAUGUCCAAUUUCUGACUCAUGUGCUUUGGAGCAGAGUGCCAAACCACUUCUUGAAGGUUGAUGUCUCUCGGAUCAGUGAACGUCAAGGCUGGAUGAUACAGUGCCUGAAUCCUUUGCAGUUCAUGGCCCUUCAUAUUCCCGAAGAAAACAGAACAAUUGAUAUUUUAGAGCUGACAGAACAAGAAGAAUUGCUGAAAUUUCACUACCAUACCCUCCGAUUAUAUUCAGCUGUUUGUGCUUUAGGCAACAACCGAGUGGCCCAUGCUAUGUGUAGCCAUGUGGAUGAAUCUCAGCUCCUGUAUGCUAUUGAGAAUAAAUAUAUGCCAGGAUUAUUACGUGCAGGAUAUUAUGACUUACUCAUUGACAUCCAUCUCAAUACCUAUGCAACUGCCAGAUUAAUGAUGAAUAAUGAAUUUAUAGUUCCAAUGACAGUUGAGACCAAGAGUAUUACUUUGUUUCCUGAUGAAAACAAAAAACAUGGCCUCCCUGGUAUAGGGCUUAGCACUUCAUUAAGGCCAAGAAUGCAGUUCUCCUCUCCGAGUUUUGUAAGCAUUAGCAGUGAAUGCUUUCAGUUCAGUCCUGAAUUCCCUCUGGAAAUCUUAAAGGCCAAAACCAUAGAGAUGCUGACUGAAGCUGUUCAGGAGGGCAGCCUCCAUGUCAGAGAUCCAGUUGGAGGUUCUACAGAAUUUCUGUUUGUCCCUCUCAUCAAGCUCUUUUAUACCCUCCUAAUUAUGGGAAUCUUCCACAAUGGGGAUCUGAAACACAUCUUGCAGUUGAUUGAGCCCCGGGUUUUCAAAGAAGCAAUGAGCCAGGAGGAUGAAGUUGAUUUCUUAGAGAAGGAGCUGAGUUCAGAUGAGCUCAAAUCAGAAGAAGGAGAGGAAGAAACCAGAGGGGAGCAAGUGCCAAAGGAAGGACUCCUUCAGAUGAAACUUCCAGAACCUGUUAAAUUACAGAUGUGUCAUCUACUCCAGUAUCUGUGUGAUUGCCAAGUACGACACCGAAUAGAAGCCAUUGUAGCAUUUUCGGACGAUUUUGUGGCCAAGCUUCAAGAGAAUCAACGCUUCCGGUACAAUGAAGUGAUGCAGGCGUUGAACAUGUCUGCUGCUCUGACAGCUAGAAAAACAAAAGAAUUUCGAUCCCCACCUCAAGAGCAGAUUAACAUGCUGCUGAACUUCAAAGAUGGUAAAAAUGAUUGUCCUUGCCCUGAAGAAAUUCGGGAUCAACUCUUGGAUUUCCAUGAAGACCUAAUGACACACUGUGGAAUUGAACUAGAUGAAGAUGGAACAUUGGAUGGAAACAGCGAUUUAACCAUUAGGGGUCGCCUCCUAUACCUUAUGGAAAAAGUUACAUAUCUGAAGAAGAAGCAAGCUGAGAAGCCAGUUGAUGAUGAUGCUAAGACAUCCUCUACUCUUCAGCAGUUGAUUUCAGAUACAAUGGUACGCUGGGCCCAGGAAUCAGUGAUAGAAGACCCGGAGUUAGUGAGGGCCAUGUUUGUAUUGCUACAUCGCCAAUAUGAUGGUAUUGGUGGCCUGGUUCGAGCCCUACCAAAGACCUACACCAUAAAUAGUGUGUCUGUGGAAGACACAAUCAAUCUUCUGGCAUCCCUUGGCCAAAUCCGUUCCUUGCUUAGUGUCAGAAUGGGGAAGGAGGAAGAGAAACUUAUGAUUCGUGGAUUAGGAGACAUCAUGAAUAAUAAAGUAUUUUACCAACAUCCAAAUCUCAUGAGAGCUUUAGGCAUGCAUGAAACUGUCAUGGAAGUGAUGGUAAAUGUGCUUGGUGGAGGAGAAUCCAAGGAAAUCACUUUCCCAAAGAUGGUGGCAAACUGCUGUCGUUUUCUAUGUUAUUUUUGCCGCAUCAGCAGGCAGAAUCAAAAAGCUAUGUUUGAUCAUCUUAGCUAUUUGUUGGAAAACAGCAGUGUUGGCCUUG